AUGGAUGGAGCCUUUACCGGCCUCCUCGCAGCUGGUAAUAGGCCGGGGAAGGAGCGGAAAGCUUCCCUUAUGCCAACGGCCCGGCCGGGGGAUUUGCUGUUGCUAUUUGUCACAUCAGGCGCAAACUUAUCUCUGCUGUAUUAUGUCGAUUCCAAGGCUCUAGAUACACUCUACAUCGUCUCUAGCCUUGGUCGUUUGAAAGCAGCGCUACCCUUUGAAGUUUGGCCUACCAGAAGUUCAGUUCGUCCCUUCCGUUCACUGCGUGGCAAAAGAUGCAUGCUGUUCGCGUUCGCGGGCGCCUUGUGGGAAAGUGGAGUCGCGGAUGUCAAUGCCCCUGUAACUGUGUCAAGGCGACCAGGCGGUAAAGAUGAGCAAUUCCUAGCACGUCCCUUGGACAAAGGUCGCAGCGGAGAGACUCGCAACCAUCAGGUUCAUAGGAAUCAAAGAGAGAAAGGCAGGCCAGAAUCAGAUAUUCGAUCGCUAAAUUGCCAUUUAACAAGGAUGCAAUGCCCGCUGAACCGGGUUGGGCCAGCCAGAGAACUCAGCCUCACCAACAGAGAGCGAGAUUGGCGACCAGGAAAGAGGGGUCUCGACGAUAAUCGAAGUCGGCUAGGGGUUAUUUCGACCAACACAUGGCCGCCUUCUCGCACAUAUUUGUUUUCCACACUCGCGCGCGACACUAGCCCUCAUUUCCGCCGAUAUAGCGACUGCGAUGCUUCCAUGGAUAUCAGCGCAGGCUCCUCAAAACGGAUAAAUUCGGGCUCAUCUCGUUCAGCUGUUGCCAAGAGGCCAAAGGAAGUCGAUUCCAUUAAUCGGCACUGGCAGCAAGAUGACCCUAUUGAUCCGCCCGAGCGCCCGAAAACGAGAAAUGACUUUGAGAUAGUCAUUAUCUGCGCUCUCACCCUCGAGACCGACGCUGUUGAGGGCCUAGACGUCCUCCCAGAUUGCAGGUGGUACGCAGAUGGGGUCAGGGGAUACGGCAAAGCAAACGGCGAUCCCAAUACCUAUUCUACAGGCUAUAUCGCCGGCCAUAAUGUCGUUCUGGCGCACAUGCCUGAAAUGGGCAAGGCCAACGCGGCGGCCGUGGCAUCUAAUUGCCGCAUGAGCUUUCCGAACAUCCGCCUGGCACUUGUAGUCGGUGUUUGCGGGGCGGUUCCCUUCAGGAUCGGCGAGGGAAACCUCAAAGAAGAGGUUGUACUGGGUGAUGUUAUCAUCAGCCAUGGAGUUGUUCAAUACGACCUUGGCGCCCAGCUACCCGACCGCUUCGAACAAAAGGAUACGCUGCUGGCGAGGUUGGCUAGGCCUGCCCCCGAACUUCGCGGCUUCAUGGCCAAGCUGAAAAGCCAUCGCGUACAGCAAAGGCUAGAGUGUAAUACUUUACGAUGCCUCGAGGCUCUUCAGACGAGAAGCUACCUGGCUGCUCAGUACCCUGGAACCAACCAAGACAGACUGUUCAGGGCGACAUAUGAACACAUUACCGAGAAGAUGCCAUGCUCGGAGGCCGGGUGUAACGAUGAACUACUGCCCCGGAACCGUCUUAGUCAGGACAACCCCAAGCCUGCGGUUCACUUUGGCCUGAUUGCUUCGGGAGACGCAGUGAUGAAGUCCGGGAAACACCGUGACAAGAUCGUACAGAAGGCUCAAGAUGUUGUCGCUUUUGAGAUGGAGAGCGCCGGCGUCUGGGAUGUCUACCCAUGCGUGGUGAUCAAGGGCGCUUGCGACUACUGUGACAGCCACAAGGCAGGAGAGUGGCAGCCGUAUGCUGCUGCCGCGGCCGCGGCUUGCUUGAGAGCCUUCUUGGAGGAAUGGGUCCCUUCCUCGCAUAACGGUGCGUAG